AUGGAGGAAAUAUACCUGCUCGUCUUAGGCAGUGUCUUCUGCCUGACUACCAUCACCUACCUAGCGCUGAGUCAGGCACAAAGGGAUGUUCUGUUUAGACGUCUUCGGCUUCGUGGAAGACGAGCAUCAAGUGCCAACACUCCACCGCGCUCCUUGUCUCCGGGAAAGAAGGGUCACAUAUCCGUGCCGUCUCCCACCGAGUACAUCGAGAGCUUUCCAGGAUCAAGACGGGAAGCACUUGCCAAAGUCAUGGAGACGAUACCUCAAGCCAGCGGAGGCGAUCUUGUGGGUCUAGAAACCGAGAAGAGCAUGACUUCGGAUAUGAUGAUGCCCUAUGAAGCAAACUACAUGGAGGUCGACCAUUCCAAGCAUACUCCGACCGGCUUUUCUGUUGGAGAGAUCAAAGCUCUAGGGGACUUUCCCAACUAUGCCGAGCUAAGUGGAGUGCCACUUCCCAAACCAUACACCGGUUUCAAUAUCGAUGAAGCCCUGCCACGGCCAUAUCGACCGUUCAGAUGGUCCUACCACCAGACAAUGUCACUCCACAAACUUGAACCAGACUGGUGGCUUGAGCUUGAAAACACAUACAAGUCACGAAUUGCCCAGAGAAAAGGCCUGUACGAGCAGCACGGUAAGGCAGUCUUACAGUGGCUCCCUGGUUCAGAGCUGGCCUGCAAGGAGCUGAUGGAGAUGGUGUUGCAAUUCCUCGUUGCUCGCUACCCACACUACUUCUCCUUGUCUGCUGAUAAGAAGACAUUUACCAAUCGCAUCCUGAACACUGUCCAAGAUGUGAAGGCAAAGCAUCCAUUAUUGAUCAUAUUUGACAAUGUACCUGAGGACUUCGCAAUCAUGCUUCGAAACCCAGAGACUGGGUAUUACUCCUUCAGAGCUGGGGUCAUCUGUUCGGCUCUUGGUUGGAACGUUGGCUCGAAAAUUGGUCUUCAACUGCAUCAAAUACAUGCUCCAAUUCCAGAUUACAAAGAGAAGAUGCAGUUUUCGAUGGAUCGUUACUUUUCCAAAAUGCCAACGGAGAAACCUAUACAACGAGGUUCGUGGGGUCUUGAGGUGGACAAGCCACUGUACAUGCCGCCUGGAGAUCCGCAUGAGAAGUUCAGAGAAGUGCAAUCACCAGAAGUGACUCUCGAUAGAUGUCAUCUACGAGUUGACUGGCAGACCUUGCGUCGUUUGCCCCUGUCUAGCGCUAUCGUCUUCAACUUCAAGGCUCUUUUUACCCCUGUCACCGAGUUUCGAGACGAGCCAUUCAUUCCUGCCAUCGUCCACAAGAUCCUCAAGGAAGGCAAGAAGAGUCUGAUGGAGUACAAGAAUACGUGGCAUGUCGAGCAUGUCUGUGUUCCGGCAUUGGAGCAGUAUGCAAACGAACAGGUUGAGAACGGGCUUGUCCCGAAAGAUUGGGAAGUACAGACCUUGGACGAUCCGCCAUUUUUCCCGGGAUGGAAUAAGAAGUGGAGGACGCAACAAGGCUUUUGA